GUUUAACUGGUUUUCUCGGCGGGAGUUGGUUAGUUUAUUCGAAAACAACGGACGGAGCUUGUUGUAAAUAUCGCGCGCGUGUUUUUCUUUGCACCGUGGCGGUGUAGGAAGUGUUUCACUUAAAUCUCUUGUAAACAUUUUUUUUUCGAAAUGGAACGCCGUAGAAAAUGUUCGCAAUCGUGAAAUAACCGAGCAUCGCAAAAUUGCUGUUCUUCUUAAAAUGGCUGAAUAUAUGUAUAAAUAGUAACUCCGAAUUAAUAUCAAAUUAUAAAGUGUUGUUCUACGGUAGAACAUACAUUUUUUUUUUUUUCAAAUUUAAUCGUUCUAUCACACCUUAAUAAUAUAAAAAAUAAUACAAUUGUAUAAACAUUAUAAAUAUAUUAUAAAUGGUAAUCCACAAACGAAUUCUACGUGCGCCACUGAUGUCCGUUUUCAUCAAACAGUGACGUUGACCCGGUUUUGACCGAAGCCUCAGAAAUUUUAUCGAUUAUGGUGAAACGCAUAAUGGGUGGAAUGGGUACGUUUGUAUUUCAUAAAUAUAAAUUUAUUUUUACUGCGCACUGCCUUCAAAACAGCACACCGUAUUGAACCAUAAGUAACUAAACUGUAUCAAUUAAUUUUCCGGAGUUUUCUACGCAAAACGAAAAUAGUUAUAAUAACGAUAUCGGUACUAUCGAUAACGAAUGAAAAAUAAUAAAUAUCCAGCUUAAAAAUAAAACAAAAUCGUUAUCAUGUAGAGGGGGAUGUACGUCAAACCGGAUGUAUGCAUUGCCCAAUUAUCUGUAUAAUAACACAAUAACGCAAUACGUGUUAUCAUAAAAAAGUUGUAAACAUAAAUAUUGUUAUCAGCUUUAUAAAACUAAAUUGGCAGUUUUAUUGUUUACCUCGUAGUACGAGUUAUGGCUCGGCCCUCUGUAUCGUUCCACUAUAGAAUGACGAAUCAAAUCGACUGUUACGUUUACUACUCAGUGGUCUGCGAAGACGGUAUUAAUUUUAAUAACAAUGAGCAAAUAAAUUGUUUUUUUUAUUUCACUCAAUUUUUCGUUAUGAAUAUUACAGUCUCUCGGAACACAUCCAUGGUGGACAGCCAUAGGAUUUUAAGAACUUCGGUUUUCGACCAGUCACGGGUCUUUGUCAAAAACUAAAGUCCAAUAAUUUCAAAGUCCUGUCGUAGUUCAGAUCAAUGACGUUCAGCGAAUUUCGUAAGACAAUGUAUUAUUUACCUAAAUUUGUGUUGACAAAUCGCAAGCGGAUACGUUUGGUCGCCGAGUCCAUAACCUUCUGUGUAGUAACCAGCAGUCUGGGAUGGCUGGGCUAUGAAAUUCGCGAGUUGAUAACUUCCAUCGAAAAUUCUGUUCAAAAAGAUCCAAUGCUGCUCAACAACAAAGCACCAGAAUAUGUGUUUGUCGACAAACCAAUGUUCACUGGUAAAUUUGGCAUUGAAUUACAACUAUUUACAUGGUUUACCUACCUAUACAAUAUAAAUUAAUAAUGUCAAAAAAAUAUCAAUUUUUUUAUGUCUAGUUUUAUUUAUGUAGUUUUGUUUAACAGUUUGUUACUAACCUCAUCUCAUCAUAAUACAUAUUGUUACGGGCGUCUGCAUAUUUUCUUUAAAUAUUAUAAUAUUAUAAUUAUCAUAUACAGCACAACAACAGAGUAUUAUAUAAGUAUGGGCCACAACGGUAUUCGUGAAGUCAAAUUAAACGGGCGAUAGUUGUUCGGCAUCAAAGCUACAUCCUCCUGACAGAGACUGAUUGUCUAAAUCAAUCUCAGCUGCUGCUGAUCUCGGGCACUCUGAAUUGACAAGACGGCUGUGUACUAAGGCUCCGGCGCAACACGAACGACCGCGAACAAACUAUUUUAGCAAUAUAUUUAUGCGCGUAUUUUUGCACAACCCAGAUGCAUGGACCAACAUGUUAGGUUAUCACUCGGCAAUAAAAUGUUGUUGCUGAAAAGCGCCGACUGAGCAUCUUUAGCUGGAGGUCCAGGGUACAUAUACUGGCCGCCGAGAACGCUUUUUCAGACGAGUCUGAACACUAUCAACCGCAGGCACCUUCACGCCAGACAGACUUGUAAAUUUAAAUUAAAAAUGUUUGAAUAUUUUUCAACUUAAAUAAAAAUAAUAAGAUAUUGUGUCUACUCAUUCAACUUAACUCUGUGUUUGAAAAUACGCCCGCAACAAUAUUAUCAUAACAGAUGCAAUAUAUAUAUUAACAAUUAAAUUGUAAUUAAUCUAUCUUCUUUAAUUAUUUGAGAACUUAAAUAAAUGAUUCUGCUUUAAUGACAUCUUAAUUUAAACUUUUUAGAAUUUAACUUAAUUUAAAAUAUUUUAUUUUUUUUAUAUUAACUGUUUAACAUAGUUAGAAAUAAAAUCGCAUAUCAUAUCAUACCUCUGAUAUAGUUAUACUUUAGUCUUUGAUACUUAAUAGAUAUUGGUUAGCUGUUUGAUUAUUAUAAUAAUGUAAUUUUAGUAAAAUAUGUAUUAAUAUAGUAACGUAAUUUAUUUAUAAAACUUAGAUACUUUGUAUUCAGGUAUCCUUAUGGAUUUUGAGUGAUAAUCUAUUGACAUUAUAAUAUAAAUCAUAUUAUUACUUGGAUAUAUUGUAUUAUCAAUCAUGAUAUGUAUACUUAUAAUUUUUUUUAUGCGUUUAUUAUUUUAAUUAUACAUUAGAUAUACAUUUUUUAUUUUAAGCAAUUAAUAUAAAAUAUUGUAUUCAAAUAUUUAUACUUUGUACACAAAUGAAGAAACUUAUGUGUAAUUAAAGAAUAAUUUCAAAUAAAAAUCAAAUUAAGUAUCAUUUUUCAAGCUCCAUUUCUAAUUUAGUGAAUUACUAAAAAUAUAUUUUCUUUUUUAAAUAAAAGUUUAUUUUUUAUACAUUUUUUCUUGUUAAUUCUUAUAUUUUUUUUUAUUGGUAGUACAAAUUAUAAUAACUUUAAACAAUUUUUUAACACUUAAUUUUUAAUCAUUUUAUGAGCUCUAAUAUUAUGUAUAAAAUAUAUAAAUGUAUUACUGGUUCUAUUAUAUAACUAAUGUUUAUUCUAAAUUCUAAUAAUAAUAUAAUUUAAUGUUAUUUUUAUAGAGCUCGAUGAAUAUCAAAUCAUUGAUAGCAACAGUAUUAUUCAGCCGACAAACCCUCCUGUAUUUUUCUUGCAAAUAUGGAAUGAUUUCAAACAUAAAACAGCUUGGAAACUUUUGGAAAUGGCCAACAAGUCUAAAAAUUCUAAAAUAGCUUUGGCAGCUACUCAAAAAUUGACAUCUAUGGUUCAUCUAAAAGGCAAACAAUAGUUAUUAUUAAAAUAACUUUUUUUUUAAAUUUAUAUAAUUUUUAUUUUAGAUUCGGAUUUUCAACAUCUAGCUCAAAUGAGUCAACCACAUACUUUGGUUGGUUUAGCUCGAUCAGCUAAUGUGAAUCCAAAAUUUUUCUUACCCCCUAGAAAUAUGAGUUGGACAAAAGAUGUAUAAAUAAAAAUAAUUAUUAUUUUGUGUAUGAAAUAAUAAAUAAAGUUAUUUUUUUUUUUUUAGGAAAUUUUAUACAAAGUCCGUAAUUUAUUAAUUAAAUUAAAUGAACUAACGGAACAUAAAUGUUUAUCAUACUUCAUAGCUUAUGCAUUUAAAGUAAGCAAAAACAUAUAUAAUAAAUAUAAAUGUAAUAUUUAAUAUAUUUGUUCAUGUUUGAUUAUUUGAUUUUUAUAGAAUAAACAGCUUGACUAUUAUCAACCAGAAGAUAUACCACCAGAUUUUCGAAGUAUGCACAUAGAUAAUGAUAAUAUUCUGCAAUUAAGUAUAAAUGCUUUGUGUCACCAUUGCAACAAUGAAAAAAAUGUCACUGGUAUGUAGUAUUCUAUUUUAUUGUCUUUGUUUGAAUACCAAAUGGAUCCUACCUACUUAAAAAAAAUUUAAGUGGAACAUUUAUGUAAGUUAAAGUUAUCAACUUUUAAUGUUUUCUAUAUAGCUAUGGUAAAAUUAGGAGGUCUGCAAAUUUUAAUGGCACUAUAUCAGUAUUUACAACAUGAUGAAGAAGUAGCUGAAGAAAUUGGAAAAUUGCUAUCUGUUGCCUCCUUAAACAAAGAUCUUACCCAAGAUAUUUGUGUAACUGGUAUGGUUAAAAAAUAUAUUUUAUUUAUUACCUUUGUUGGAAAAACAAAAUUAUAAAACUUUUUCAGAACUUUCAGUUAGAUAACAUUGCUUUUUAUUUUUAUAACUAAUUAUUAAAUUUAUUACUUCAUUAGUAUUAUAUUAUUGCGACUGAUAAUAAUAAUUAUUUAUGAUUUAGGUUGGAUCAGUAUUUUGUUUAAGUGGAAAAAUCACCAAAAUUUUAGAAUCCAAUCUUGGGCUAACCGUACAUUGUUAAAUAUGGAUAAUGAAGAUCCUAUUAAUGGCAAUUAUAAGUUUGGAAAGCAAACAGUAUUACUAUAUCCAAAAGAUCGAAGUCAUCAAGAUGCUACAAUUGAUGUAGUUCUUGUGCAUGGUCUUUUGGGUGGUGUUAGCUUUUCAUGGCGUGAAAAAGAUCUAUUUAUCAACGAACCACUUGGCUUAUUUGGUGAAUAUUAAUUAAUCAUAUUUUUAAUGUACCUAAUCAUUAUUUUAAAUGAUAAUCAAAAUUAUAUAACUCGAAGAACAUUUGUCUUCUAUUUUGAAUUUAAAUGACAUCAUUAUAAUGAUGGGUAAUCUUUUAAUAAUAGAUAUGAGUAGUAAGACAGAUACUUAUAGUACCUCUAAUACAAUAACACAAAAGAGACCAGUUGAUGAAAAUAUGCAAGACUAUAUAGAUAUUUACAAAGAAGUGAAAGCUAGAGAGUGGAAUCUAGUUGGAAAAGAAUUUGAAUUUGUUUUGAAUGAUAUACCAAUUAAAGAAAACACGAAAGGAAAUGGAAUUUACUCAUUAAAUGGGUAAAAUUAUAUUUUUAAUUAAGGUUAAAUUAUGUUUAAUUUAUUGUUUUUUGUUUAGAACUGAUUCUGCUAUACGACAAAUUGCUAUGAACAAAAGUUACAGUCAAUGUUGGCCAUCUGAUUGGUUACCCACUGACAUAGAUGGUCUUCGUGUAAUUGGUGUGGAUUAUAGUACAACACUAUCUGAAUGGCUACCAUCAUGUCCGUUAAAACAAAAGAGGUAAAAUUGUUAUGUUCACUUUGUACACAGUUAGGAUGGAGUUGCCAUAAAUGACCAGUAUCCUUACUACUGUGGUCACUAAUUUUUAUUUUAUUCGUAAAUAAUGCUAUUUUGUAAUUUGAUGAACCAUAUUAUGGUUAUUGUUUUAUCAUUAUUAUUAUUAUUAUAUUUACUGGAUGAUAUCAAUUACAAAAACAUAAAUAGCGUAGGAUGUCCAUAGAACAUGAAAAUGUAAUUUUAAAAUAUUAAUAUUAAUCUUUCAUUCCAUAAUGUUCUGAAGACUUAAAUUUAAACUGAUUAUUGGUUAAUUUAUUAUAUAUUUAUGAUAAAUCAUAAAGUUUAGAAAGUCUAAACUAAAGUUUAGAAUUUUUUACAAUAAUUAUAGAUAGAUUAAAUCUAAUAUUAAUAAAAAACAAUUCUGUAGAUAGCUAUAGGUAGUAACUAUACCUUUUUUAAAAAUUAUUUCUAGGCAUCGUACUCUUGAGGGGCGUACGGAUAAAUUAAUGAUUCAGUUACUUACUAUCGGUAUUGGAGAUCGACCGAUUAUUUUUUUGGCUCAUUCUAUGGGUGGACUUUUAGUAAAAAAUAUGUUAGUUACAGGUAAAUUAUUUAAUAUUAGAUAAAUAUAAUUGUGCAUGAAGUAUAAAUAAUAAAAUAUUUCAGCUCGAAACAGUGAUGAUCCAAAUGUUAGGAAACUCUUUGAGAAGACAAGAUCUGUGUUUUUUUUCAGUACUCCACAUCACGGGUCCCCAUUGGCCACUUUGAACAGUGCAUAUCGAUUCUUUUUAUGGCCAUCCGUAGAAGUAGAUGAACUUAGAACAGGUAUUUAUUUUGUAAAGUUUAAUUUGUUCACAUUAGUUUAAUAUUUUUAAAAUGAUUAUCACUCUAUUUAAAGAUUCACCUAAAUUGGUAUCUCUCCAUCAACAAUUUUUGGAAUGUGUACAAGAGAAUCCAAUGAAGAUUGUGACAUUUGUUGAAACCUGCCCUACAGAAUUUACUGCUCUAAAAGUUCCAAUAUUGUGUGUACCAAAAGAUGCAGCUGGUAAGUUUAAAUUAUCUAUAACAUAAUAUAGCUUGAAGUCAUAACUAUAAAUUUCAAAAAUAUUUUUCAAUUUCUAUGAAACACAUAAGUCAAUAUAGUUUGGUAAUUGAAGAGUUAAAAUGAUAAAUUAAUUUUAAAAAUACUGCUUUAAAAUUUUUCAAACAUAUAAAUUGAAUGUAUUUUUUUUUAUAUAAUUAAAGUGUAGUUUUCUUUUAUCAUAAUAUAUUGUUAUUUAUUAAAUUUAUAUAUAUUCAGUACAAUCAAUCUGAUUCUUUUCGUUGUUGUUCAGUGUCCUAAACAAAUAUCCAAGUUGGUAUUAUAUUUUAUCAAAUCGUGCAGAUUAAUGUAUCUAAAACUCAAUUAUUUGAAUGUUUUUAUAUAUUUUUGCAAUUUGUAUUAUAUUUUAUUAUACUAGUAUUAUACUCUUAAAUUUAUUUACAUUGAAGUUUUUUUUUUAUUAUUAUUUAGAUCCGUCAAUUGGCGAGCUUUACGAGUUGCCAUUAAAUCAUAUGUCUAUCUGUAAAGCUGAUUCUAAGUAAGUAAACAAUUUGCUGUUAUUUACAUUUAUUAAAUUCAUUAGUGGGUAAUACAAUAUACACUAUUUAAGAUUUUUAGUGUAGCGAGAAAUGUAUUAGUUUUACUGUAAUGUUUUUUUUUUUUAAUCUGUGAACAACUUGUCUACCAAAAAUCUUACUCUAAUGUAUCAAGCGUAGUACCUAUUCUGAAAUAAAAUUUUAUCUUCUUAGUACUUAAAGGAGUUUUUUUCCAAGUGAUUUUCAUAAUAAUUUGAAAAAAAAUAGGAGAAUUUACAAAAAUAAUACUUUUAUUAUUUUCAAUUUUGUUUUUUUGUUGUAAUUCAGUUGAAAAUGUUCAUAAAGACUUGAUAUUUGAACAGAAUGUUAAAAUUGACUUUUAUAGACGUGGUUAAAUGUUCAAAACAUUUGUGCCAUUUUUGAGCUAUUUACAGACAUUUUAAUUUUGCGAGUUUUUAACGUAAUUUUUAUUUAGUUGGUACUCUGUAAAUAAAAUUGUUAGACCCAACAGAAAUUUUUUUUGAAAAUUUAACUAGAGGUUCAUUUUAAGUUGUACUUAGUGGUCAACAAAAAAUAAUUGAUUCUAAUGUAGUAUUUUUUUUUUUAUAAGAAUUUUAAUAUCAAAUUUUGACAAAAAUCAUAUACAUGGCAUUUUAAUACAUGUAUAACAGAACUCUGCUCAGAAUUGUUUUUCAUUAAAAAUGAUAAAUCAUUUCAAACAGAUAUCCUUCCUUCUCAACUUCUCAUCUGUAACAGUGGCUCACCCUCCUUGCGAAGUAUAGCUGUCUUUUUAUUUAGAGAUUAUACAAAUUGGUAUUAUUUUCUAAGAAAUAAAAUUAACGCAUAUUCUCCAUUUCACGAGAAAAGGUACACGUUUUUACGUCUGUCGCUGCACAUCUCCCAUCACUUUUGCCCAUUCACAUACAUAACGUAGAGGUAAGGAGUGGGAAUAAUUUGACCUCCGUGCUCUCGCCGAUGCACGGAGCAUAUACCAUCUCUAGUGAAACGAAGUAUAGGGUAUUGAAAUUUUUUAAUGUUAAAUUUGUUUUCUUUUUAUAAAAAGAACAUUUGUAUAUUGUGUAUUUUUGUUAGUCAAAUAAUUAUUAUUUAAGUUUACAUGAGAACUUGAUAUGUUUUAUAUAUUAUUUUGUUUUACAGAUUAUCAUUUGUGUAUCAAAAAACAUUGUCUGUGAUUAAAACUAUUGCAGCAUAUAGUAGUUAACACUGUUAUUUGACAUUUCGGCAAUUUUAUUGUUGUGACCAAUCUAUAUUAUAAAGGACUAUUAUUUAAGGAUAACCAAAAAUAUUAUUUAUUACUUUGUUUUACUAAUAAUUGUAUUUAUUUAUUUUUUAAUAUUUAUUGUAUUUAAAUAUGUAUGUGCUGAUUUAAAUAAUGUUUCAUGAUCUCAUAAUGAAUUCUCAUAAAUUAAAUUUUUAUUUUAUUCAAAACAAAACAUACAUCAUUUAGGCUAUUUCUUCUGUUGUUGGUUGCUUUAACGAAUGUAUCAUAUUCACCAGUUCUUGAUAUAGAAAACAAUUCCUGUGAAACAUAUUCUGUUUAGUAGUUAUAUGCAUUUUUAAGAACUGUAUAAAUAUUUCUUCAAAAAAUACCUAUAAUACUAUCUCAAAUAUUUUUGUAAGUUAUUAUAUUUUUUCAUCUAUUAUAAUAUUAUUAAUAAAUUCUUACCGAUUUUUGGGUUUACAAAUAUUUCUAUGAUCCAAAGGAACCCCAUAUAAAUCUCCAAAUCCUGGAUCUUUAAAAAUAAAAAAAAUAAAUCCAUAAAUC